GUUUUUAUUGCUGUUCGUGGGAUUUUGCUUUGCACAAAUUGCCACAUUUCCUACAGUACAACAAUGACUACACUUCAAAAGUACCUCGUUGGCUGUAAAGCACUUUGGGACAUCCCAUGUUCAUCCAUUCUGCCCACUCUUUUGGGAGGCUACUGUGAUCACCCAUGUGCUUUGGGAAGUAUUAUAUUCUUUUUGUACGAUGUCCCUUUACGACUAAAGUGGGCUGGGAGUAUUCUGAAAGAGGGUUAAUCGGUUUCCUGAUUAUGACAACAUUAGGUUUCAAUAAAUGCCCAUGUGACCUUGGAUUGCCAUAAGGAUGAACUGUAAAGCUAAGAAGCAAAGAGUGAAUAGAAAGCUAAUUGCAGUGGGAUUGAGACAGUCAGUGCUUUCUCUUUGGCAGUCCAAAACAUAGAGAAUUUGUGCAAAUAGGAAUUCUUCAGGUACUCUCCAAUGGAACAGUUUUAUGUUUGGCAGUCUUCAACCCUGGUGUCAAAGCAGUCUCUGACAAAAAUGCAGAGAGCAGGGCAAGGGAUUGUGGACUGGACAAGACCCACUGCUGAUGUGUCAGUGUUGCCAGAGCCCGCCAAACUGUUUAAAGAAUUCAGAAAAGGGAGUCUCUGGGAUUCUGUGCCAUCAGGAAAGUCAUGACCCAAAUGAGAGAGGGUUUGUAGACAUGCACCUUGUUGGUGGUAACUGUGUCCAAGGACUUCAGAUGGAAUACAGCUGCUGGUGAAUGUGACCUAAGGACUGAAUGAUUCGACGAGAAGUGACAGAUCCUACAAAGCAGUCGCAGAAUUGGAAAGACUGAGAGAUUAUACGUGGUUCCAUAUUUUUGCAAGAAUGCAAGUGUUUUUAACUACAUGAGUUGUAUCUUUGUUGUAUCAUCUAUUUAAAGUGAAAUUUACCUUUUUAUUCAAAACAUCCUUCACUUGUUAAUGUUUGGAUUAUGUUGAUUGUAGUUGGUUUGUUAUGGUAAAAGUUUUAAAAAGCGAAAUUUAUCCAGCAGUUUUCUUUCCUUUGGCAUCUGGGGGGUUCCUUUUUUUGAAAAAGUUGUUGGUCUCUAUGGGGAUUGUAACACUACAGUUAGCUUUAUUGCUCUGAAACAGCCAAGGUUCCUGCUGCUAAUUCCUGCUGCACAGGUAAGCUCUGUGGAAACGUUUGUGUAUACACAGAAGACAAGAACAAUAUUGAACUUCCUGUGAUUGAAUAUAUCACUGAUGAUCCCUGUCUUGGCACUCACAGUGGGGAUAGUUAGAUAGUUCUUUCAAAGACUCUGCACAAGUAUAAAAGGCCAAAUGACCACCUCCUGUGCUAUAUGCUAUAAAGUAUGUCCAAUUGAAUAUGAUACAACCAAGCUCCUGAUGUCUGUAGAAUUGUAUCUGGUGUUGUAUCAGGAGAGUGUGAUAGUUCAAGGGAUGGGAUUUCUUUUACAACUAAAAUGUCUGUAUCUGGGAUAAUGAGCCUUUGGUUUAUCUUGAAGGGACGCGUUGCAGAGGCUUAAAGAAAUCCAGCUUCUUCAUCUCCUGUGGAACGCAGUUUGAGAUGUGAAGAGCCACAGGUGGAUGGGGACACUGGAGAGUGGAAUGGCAAAUGAUGCAGCCUGUGCUAUACACGUACUUUAGGAGUUCCUGCUCAUGGAGAGUGCGAAUCGCUCUUGCUUUCAAGGGAGUCGCAUAUGACCAGGUUGCCGUCAAUCUGAUUAAAGGCGGAGGGCAGCAGAAUGCCGGUUCAUUCAAGGCCCUUAAUCCCAUGAAGCAAAUUCCAGCUCUCUCUAUUGAUGGGAUUACUCUCUCACAGUCGCUGGCUAUCAUCCAGUACCUAGAUGAAACCAGACCUGGUCCACGGCUGCUCCCUGAAGAUGCCAAGAAACGUGCCCAAGUCCGGAUGAUUUCUGACCACAUCACCUCUGGUAUUCAACCUCUACAGAACUUGAAUGUGUUGCAGAAGUUAGGAGAUGAGAAGAAGCUUGAAUGGGCUCAAUGCUUCAUCAUCAAUGGCUUCCAAGCUCUGGAGAGUCUCCUGCAACAGACGGCUGGGCGAUACUGUGUCGGCGACGAGGUGACAAUGGCUGACCUGUGCCUGGUGCCACAAGUGUACAAUGCUGUGAGGUUCAAGGUGGACCUGGCACCAUUUCCCACCAUUGAAAGGAUCAAUAACUCUCUGCUGGAACUAGAAGCCUUCAAGGUCAGUCACCCAUCUUGCCAGCCUGAUACGCCUCCUGAACCCUGACCCCCAGCAGCAACGGUAAUGUCAGGUCCAACCAUUCUUGAUGAAAAGGGGACCCUCGCUAAUCACAGCCUAUGACUGAGUUUGAUGUAAGGAACAGUUUGUAAUUAAUCAUUUUGAAAGUUCAAACAAUGUACUAGAAUUCACUGUUCUCUCCUUCCCAGUUCUAAAUGUACACAUGUCUAGACUUUAAAAAAAUUUUUGUUUCUGUUCCAACCUUUAGCACUUGUUGAUUUUUUGGCCAGUUUUUUGUCGAUUUUACUGUUAUUAAUCGCUAUGGCAACUGUCAUAAUGUGUUUGCAAAUCAUGCCACUUGAUGGCUUUGUGGAGCAAGUUUCUCUCCCACAUCUGUCACCAUCCUGUAUUGUUCAAAUGCUUUUGAUUUAUUAACUGAUUCAGUCAAUAAAGGAAAAAUGAUUUUGUAAUGUCUGUUUUCUGCAAAUAAAACCUUACUGGAAUCUA